UUCGUAAUUCUGCUGAUACCUUGUCUAAAUUUUCUAUGGAACUUCAUGGAUUUUGUUGUGUGCUAAAACAGAACUCCAUGGAGUCUUAUCCUAACAAUGACUACAGCUAGAACAAGACUGAACAUGCAUUUGCUCAACCUAACCUCACUUUGGGGUAUCGUGCACCAUCGGUAAAGAAAGCAUGUCUAGUCUUGAGGGAUCGGUACCAACUGCAAAUUUUCGCAAAACAGCUCGAAUGCUUUGAUCAAAAUUAGAAAUACGAAAUUAAAAUUGAUUAACAGUGGCACAGACGUGCCCUUUUAGUCGCCUUUUACGACAAGCAGGGAUACUAUGGGCGUAUUCUACUUCCCCCCGCCCAUAGGGGGUGAUUUGAAACGUUAACCAACACAAUACAAAUGUACAAUACAAUACAGGUGCAGACUUUUCACCGGACCUAUAAGCCUACCCGAAAGAGAAAUGUGAUUGGUCUGCUUUCCUGGCCCUACCUACUUACAUCUAAAUCACAUACACCAGAAACGCGUGUUAAGCAAACGAAGCUUCGAAGACGAAUGACGCAAUGCGCCACAAAUCGACGCACUCGCUCACGCAGCGACGUGUCUGAUUGGUCGAAAUCAGAGGAUGCCAACAUGGACGACCAAUCACAGCCGUUGAUAGAAGUUUCAAAGUGCUUCGAAACUUUAACACUAAUCGUAAGGGAAAGACACGUGCAGAACGAACGAAGCUUCGAAGAGAAAUGCUGCACUGCGCCACAAGUCGACGCACUCAUCCACACAGCGACGUAUCUGAUUGGUCGAAAUGAGAGGAUGCCAACAUGGACGACCAAUCACAGGCCAUUGGUAGAAGUUUCGAAUUGCUUCGUAUAUAAUGUUAAUCGUAACGGAAACGUACAUAUAAUAAAUAUCAAAGAAAAAAUCGAAUAAUAUACUUUCUUAGGAACACCCAUCUUGUAUUAUCUUUUAUUUUAUUGUAAUUAUGUAAUAAAUAAACGGAAAUAUUACUUUAAUAAUGCUUUCCUAUGCAGUGAUUCUGCUAAAAAAUAUUUAUCAAUUAUUUCAAAUAUGUUGAGACAUUUACAUAUGUAUUAACAUUUACAUAUGUUUGUUAAUACAAUGUAUUAUACAAUGUAUUAACAACCAUAAUAAGAAUCGGCGAAAAAAUUGAAUUGAAGAAUAGAUGGGAAUUUUAGCUAACGAAUAAAUAACCUCAAUUAAGUUUGUAAAAGCUAAAUCAUUUUUUAGUGUUUGAAACAAUGAGUUACAAGUUACUACGAAGCCGUAAUACUAAAAUAAACUUUUAAGUAAUGAAUAUAAGCAGAAAAAUGUAUUUUUUUAGCUUCCUUGCAAUAUCUAUCUUGUUCUAAUUGUUAGCUUUAUGCGAUCAAGUAAUGAAUAAAGAGAACUAUUAAUUUAAUAACUUUUUCUAUUUCGUAAUUC